UAUCAACGUGGCUCCAAUGAGGACAAAAUCCAAACAGAUCCACCUCAGAAGCACCGGCAAUCCGGCAUUGUUAUCGCUCCUCAGUCGUCACCCGUCACUCAUCAGUGAACACUUGAACACAGUACUCUUCCGUCUCAUCGUAGAUUCCAUCCCUGACUGUGCACUAUCUCACUAACAAGUACUGAAGCCGCAUAAUACCCAGAUUCUCCUUUAGCUCCACGCACUCGCUAUCCAGAUCCCAAAGAUUUCCGCUUUGCAUCAAUAUCCCAACAAUGGGCGGUACGAAAUCGGCUUGCCAUAGUUCCAGUAUGUGGCUGUCUCCUAACCCUAGUAAGAGAUGGGGCGAGCUUUUCUUUCUUUGCUAUACUCCUUUCUGGCUUACUCUCUGUCUGGGCAUUGUGGUCCCCUACAAACUCUACGAGAGCUUUACGGAAUUGGAGUAUUUGCUUCUCGCUAUGGUUUCGGCAGUUCCUUCUUUCUUGAUACCAAUGAUAUUUGUUGGAAAGGCUGAUAGUGGCUUGAGGUGGAAGGACCGUUAUUGGGUCAAGGCCAGCCUGUGGAUAAUCAUUUUCAGCUAUGUUGGAAAUUACUUUUGGACACACUAUUUCUUUACAGUUUUGGGAGCUUCUUAUACAUUUCCAUCAUGGAAGAUGAAUGAUGUACCCCACACAACUUUCCUUCUUACACAUGUUUGCUUCCUGUUUUACCAUGUCGCCUCAAAUAUGACACUUCGCAGACUACGGCAUGCUAUUGCUGACUUACCAGAUAAACUUCAGUGGGUUACUGAGGCAGCAUGGAUUUUGGCUCUUGCAUAUUUUAUAGCAUACCUGGAGACUAUAGCCAUUUCUAAUUUUCCUUACUAUGAAUUUGUGGACCGGGCUUCCAUGUACAAAGUUGGUUCCUUGUUUUAUGCCAUCUACUUCAUUGUAAGCUUCCCAAUGUUUCUGAGGAUCGAUGAGAAACCUGGUGACCUGUGGGACUUACCAAGAGUGGCUGUCGAUGCUCUGGGUGCUGCAAUGUUGGUAACAAUAAUACUUGACUUGUGGAGGAUCUUUCUUGGACCCAUUGUUCCACAACGCGAUGCAAAACAAUGCCUUCAACAAGGACUGCCAUGGUUUCAUGGACAUGCCAAUGAAACUUGAUUACUGUAACUCACUGUGGAAGUUUCCUGCUCUUGAUGUUGUAAAUUUAACUGUAACUUGCUAAUUUAUAUGAGACCAGUGGCUAUUUCCAUA